GAUGCUUCAACUACAACAUAAAACGCGCUUAUAAGAUAUUUUGCUCCUUUCGUUUUAUGUGAGAAUUCCACGAAAUGUCCGAAGAUCUACCUGCUAUCUUGCGGUUGCCCGCUAAGGUGCUGUAUGAUUCGUCAAAAAAUGGUAACUGUGCUGAAAACAUAUGCCCUCUAUGUGACUGCCUGGAAGACCUCCGCGUUGUAACCGCGGCAAGAGGUUCUUCAGGGCGCCGUAGAAGCCAAUAUUUCAAGGGUGGCGUGUUGAAUAGACCAAGGAUCCAGAGAGCCUAUUUCCACGAACCUUGUCAUCAGUGCAACACUACACCCGAGGAUCAACUCUGUGCGAGAUGCAAACACAUGAGGCUCAGGCACCUGAUACAGUGUUUACUUUUAGCCUCUCAUGCUGACGCGCAUGCGCUAGAUUGCUCUGAACGAUUUCAAACCACACUGGAAGAUAUCUAUCUGAAUUUGGGAUGCGUCCAAGGCUUAGAAGAACGUUCCCAUAGCUGCGAAACCUGCCGUAUGUUUUCAGGGCCAGCUAAAGAGGUGAUGGAACAAAGAGAUCUGCCACCUGGUUCACAGUGCUUCAUAAGAGUGGGAAGAAAUCUACAUAUAGAUGGAAAGACAGUUGGAGAUGUCAAAUGCAGUUUCGGAAUGUGGUUGGACGUGCACGUCCCCCAAGAAAAAUUGAUCCCUAGAUUGUAUUUUUAUACGGAACGCAAUUGGUGGAUUAAGGGUAGCAAGGUCUUUCUCGGGACAAUUGAGCCUACUCAUGGCCAUCACCUCGUUUCUACACCUAUACCCCAACAGACGGUCGACUGGCAGAAGGUUAACAUGUGGGUGAGUGAUUGCCACAACUCUAUCAAGCGCGAGGGUUCCCUCCAGGCAAAGCCUGAUACAUCGCAAGUAACUGGGCUUCGUGUUAUUGACACCAGUCAACGGUGCAUUACCAUUGCCCCUGCAGCAUGUCGAUAUGCGGCUCUGAGCUAUGUGUGGGGGGCCACGAGCAGCGACUUGCAGGCAACGACGAUGAACAUAAAAGACCUGAUGAGGAAAGGCUCUUUAGACAGCCGUUCUCUACCACAGACUAUCGAUGACGCCAUUGUUGCUUGUAUGAAAAUGGGGAUAGGUUAUCUUUGGAUUGAUCGCCUUUGCAUAUUGCAGGACGACGAUCCUAGCAGAAAAGCUCAUUGGCUCAACUCUAUGGGUGACAUAUACGCACAAGCAUAUGUAACAAUCAUCGCUCUGGCUGGAAACAAUGCUCAGCACGGCCUUCCGGGGGUAAACUUGGUGAAGCGACCGGCAUCCUGGACUGGAACAACACAGGGGAUAUACCUGAUUGAGAAAGCCCCCGCUUAUACAGAGUGUUUACGGAAAUCGAGAUGGUCUACUAGGGGUUGGACGUUCCAAGAGGCGACGCUCUCAUCACGACGGCUUCUAUUCUCCGACACAAGAGUUUUCUAUGAAUGUUCCAACCACAAAAACAUAAAAGAUGAGUUAACUGGUGACUACCCCAAUACCGCUGAAACCGCAGGGGCUGCGCUAUUGAGUUAUGCCAAGGUGGUGAAACAGUUCACGAAAAGGGAACUAACUUGGGAGUGUGAUGUACUUCGCGCAUUCGCAGGCGUUCUACACACAGGAUGGGGACCCGAGAAUUAUUAUGGCAUACCCCUUAAUAUCUUCAGUGAUGCAAUUCUCUGGAGGACGGUGAAAAAGAAACCGUAUUCCACGAGGCAUGCAGCUCCUGGUGAUGCAUUUCCUUCCUGGUCGUGGUCUUCCAUCAAAGGUCGCAUAACAGUCGAACCAUCAGCCAGGGAAGGUGGCAUAUUUGCAGAAAUGCGGGCUUCUCUAGCAAUUUGGGCGAUCCCUCGUAGGGCGAGACAGCGACUAGAACUUCAGAUAAUCGCAAAUACCCUGGGGAAACCAGAGAAGCCGAACAAACUAGAUGAUGUGAAGUCGCCCAACAACAAGAACGAGAAGGAAAUGACACAUACUGCACAUGAGUUGUAUGCUCCUUGUAAUUUCAGGGACUUACGUACACGACUUGGCGUUGUGAUGGCCUGGAGAUGUGGAUGUUUCUCGGGAUCUCUACCGGGCAUACUCAACACUCCAUUUACGUGGGGCGAAUACAAGAUUUUUGCUAGGAAAUGGAGAACCCUUGGGCAUCUCUGCGAUGAGGCUCAUGGAAUGUCACAGGGUAACAUGUCUGAACAAGAUAUAGAAGCGCGAUUUCCUUCGAAUAUGCGUCAAGGAUGUCCUCCAGGAUCCAUCUUUGUCUACACUCAAUCACUUAAUCUCAACCCAUUACAACUAAGCCUGAAGAAGAAUAGGUCGCUCCAAAAAGACAUACUUGCUAUUGAAGUUGGCGAUUUUCUUGCCCUCGUCUUCGAUGGCUCCAUCAACAUCGAGCGAAUCAACCAUGUUCGCCAACAUAAUCCCGAAUCUUGUUUCAGUCUGCUUGCUAUUUCACUUUCAGAACCUUGGGUCUCCGAGACAGAGAAUUUGGAACCAAGAAACGAAGACUUCUGGUAUGAUUCUGCAGGAGUAUCAUUGAGUCAAAUUACGCAUGGUCCUCAUUCGAUCGAGCUUAUGCUUGUUGAGACGGAAAAUGGUAUUAGUCGGCGUGCUGGACUGGCACGGGGUUAUCUAAAACGAUGGAUAGACCAGAACCCUCAGUUCCAGACAUUCCACCUUGUAUAGAUAGCAUGGGCAGAGCUGACACAUAGAAAAAAAAAUCAUCCUGGAAUUAGGAAACUGU